AUGGUACCCAGAAUUUGUGAUUUUGGUCUAUCAAGAUGCCUUGAUAAAGGUCAGACCCGUUUAAUUACUAAAAGCCGGUGUGGAACACUGGGAUAUAUGGAUCCAGAGUACCUCAGAUCAGGAAGAACCACAUUUGCGUCAGACAUAUACAGUCUUGGCACUGUAAUCUUGGAGAUACUAACUGGAGUGAAGCGGUAUCUCGAAGAGGAGACCGUAGUUCAAAGUUGGAUGAUUCGGUUGGAGGCAUCAGUGGGGGACAUGCAGUUGGAACAAGUGAGAGUAUGCUAUAAGAUAGGUAUAGAAUGCAUGAACCUGGACCCAAAGAAGAGACCAGUUGCACACCAUAUAAUUGAUAGGCUUGACAAUAUGGCAAGUGCUGACUGUUCAUAUGAAACUGGCACCAACAGUUCAUUAGUUGAGCUGCAUCCGAGUUUAUCAAGUGAACAAUUGGGAGGAAGGCUCGCAACCGAGAGACUCCGCAAAGCGGAUGCCGAGGAACACUCUAAAAUAUUGGAAGAUUCAUCAUGCGGAGCCCAAGAUACAAAGCAAAAGGCAAACCAGCAUAUUGCAAACAUUUUAAACUCUAUCUCAACCGUCUUCAACAAGCUGAACAAUUUGGACAUCUUUAACAGCAAAGCACGCAUGUGUUUCAAUAGAAACUUCAUGCGACAUAGAUUAGAAGAAUCAGCUACUAUAAUGAUCUUUGCAAAGGACGAACUCAAGCCAGUACUCAGGAAUAGCAAUUUGAUUGGGAAAGGUCCUUUUGAUGAAGUUUACAAGGGUGUGGUUGAUAAUGCACAGGUCGCAGUUAGGAAACUAUAUAAUGGUAAUGCCAUAAUGGAUGACCAAUUUGCAAAUGAGAUCAUCAUCUGGUCUCAAGUCAACCACAAAAACAUUGUUAGGCUCAUAGGUUGUUGCCUGGAAAUGGAUACCCUCAUCUUAGUAUACGAGUUUGUCCCCCGAGGAAGCCUUCAUGACAUUCUUUACAGCAACAACAAGGUGUCUCUCAGCCUGGAUGUGCGUCUAACUAUUGCUGCAGAAUCAGCACAGGGUCUAGCUUAUCUGCAUUCGCAAGCUUUUAACCAAAUUCUGCAUGGCCGCAUUAAACCAGCGAGUAUACUCUUGGAUGAUUACUUUACACCAAAGAUCUCAGACUUUGACCUGUGGGGGCUGAAUGUGAGAGAUGAGGAUCCAGUGUACAUCGUUGACAUGUCUUAUGCAGAUCCACUAUACAUGCAAACGGGCCUGCUGACCGAGAAAAGUGAUGUCUACAGUUUUGGAGUUGUGAUCUUAGAGCUCAUAAGCAGGAAGGAGGCCUGUCGUUCUGCUAAUAACAGCCUAGCGAGAAGUUUCCUUGAGGUUCACGAAGAAAGGAAGAAAGCAACCGGGCUGUUUGACAAGGAAAUUGCAGUAACAACACGAGAUUUCGAGCUUCUUGACUGUCUUGCAGAGAUUGCAGUGGAAUGUCUUGACCUUGAUGUGGACCAAAGGCCCACGAUGAUAGAACUUGCGGCACGCCUUCUCAUACUGAACCGAUCUCGUAGGUCAAGGGUUGUUCACCAACAAGUUUGA